AUGGCUCUAUUUCGAAGCAACAUUAUGAAUUUUCACAGAAUUAGCUCAUGCUCGGCUCCGUCUCCCCCUACCGAAGAGCCCGCACAGAACAGCAAUUUCGUUCUCGAAGUUCAUAUCACAGAUUUUGAGAAAAAGGGCGAUGGGAUGAAUGCAUACAUUGUCUACAAACUUAUAACGAAGUCUGAAAAUGUGCCAGGUAUAACUGAUAAAACGUACGAAGUGUGGAGACGUUUCUCCGACUUUUUGGGACUUCACGACAAACUCUUUGAGAAAUACAUUUCCAAGGGUGUCAUAGUUCCAGCAGCACCAGAGAAGAGUAUCGCCGCGAUGACUAAAACAAAGGCAACGUCAGAUCCGGCAACAUCACGCGAAGUAGCCGUUCGUCGAGCGAGGCAGCUGGAACGUUUCAUCAAACGUGUGAUUCAACAUCCAAGGCUUCGUAUUGAUUGUGAUGUUCGCGAUUUUUUGACAAUGGAAGCUGAACUACCACGUGCAAGCCAAACCUCGACAUUGUCUGGGGCAGGAGUAAAACGAAUAUUCAAGAGUGUCGGAGAAGUGUUCUCCAAGAUGGCCUUCCACAUGGAAGAGGGAGAUCGCUGGUUUGAGCAAACUCAGUCACAUGUAGAUGAACUGGAUGAGUCAUUGAGAAGGCUACUACAUUUAUCGGAAUCUCUCACAGCCACUCGCAAGGAGCUGGGAGUCGCACAAGAGUCCAUGAGCAAGGGUCUUUCGAUGUUAGCUUCUUGUGAGGAGUCUACUGCCUUAGCUCGAGCACUUUCUCAUCUCACAGAAACUGAAGAGAACGCCGCCGCGCUAUGGACUAAGCAAUCAGAAAUGGAUGCGAUCAGGUUCUCCGAAUGUUUGAGUGAAUACGUUGGGUUGGUUGGUUCAGUGAAGGAGUUGUUUGCUGAGCGCGUUCGAGUAUGGCAGUCUUGGCAAACGGCACAGCAGAAUCUUGCGAGGAAGCGAGAGCAGAAAGCGCGACUAGAGUUAUCGGGUAAAAACGACCGGGCAACAGCGCUGAGAGAUGAAAUGGAUGAGGCGGUCCGACGUAUGGAUCAGCUAGAAACGGAGUUUGGGGACAUAAGUAAAUUAAUUCGAGAAGAGAUUGGACGUUUCGAAGUCCAGCGGCGACACGACAUGCGUCAGAUGUUUAUUGAAUAUCUUGAGUCACUUGUGCAAACCCACACAGAGGUAUUUAUUUUUCAUUGUGACUUUCUUGUAGUCACGUGUAGUUUAUUGGAUGUUCACAUGCCUCUUAAAUCCAUGUCAAUUUGGAUAUCAAUGGUCAAGCGUCUCUAG